AUGCAAGCAAGUUUAUGUGGUUAUGAUAAUGAUAAUGAUGAUGGUGGUAAUAUCGACGAUGAUAUUAAUGAUGAUCACCACCAUGGUAAUAUCGACGACGACGACGAUGAUGAUGAUGAUGAUGAUGGUGGCGAUGGUGGUAAAUUUGACCAUGACGAUGAUGAUGAUGGUGGUGGCGAUGGUGGUAAUUUUGGUCAUGACAAUGAUGAUAAUGAUGAUGAUGGUGGCGAUGGUGGUAAUUUUGACCAUGACGAUGAUGAUGAUGAUGGUGGCGAUGGUGGUAAUUUUGGUCAUGACAAUGAUGAUAAUGAUUAUGAUGGUGGCGAUGGUGGUAAUUUUGACCAUGACGAUGAUGAUGAUGAUGAUGAUGAUGAUGAUGGUGGCGAUGGUGGUAAUUUUGGUCAUGACAAUGAUGAUAAUGAUUAUGAUGGUGGUGAUAUUGACGACAGCGAUGAUGAAAAUAAUGAUGAUUGCGAAAAUAUCUGCGACGACGAUAAUUAUGAUGAUGUUUAUAAUAUCGACGAUGUAAAUGGUAAUGCUGGUUAG